CAGGCCUCUCCGCGGACCGCGCAGCGCAACUGCGCGGGGGCAGCCUGCGGCUGCCCAGCGUGGGCGAGCUGAAGCCCAGCUGCGCCCGAGAGAGGGACGACCUGGCCGCGGAGCCCGCCCUGGCGCGCCUCGCGUCGCUCGCCGCCCAGCUCCGCUUCGGACUAUGCGCGCAGGCAGGGGCCCAGGCGGCGGCCGCGGCCAAGCUGACGCAGGUGGACAUGGACUGUUCUUGGUGCCACGCCGCGCCCCUCGACCUGGCGGAGGACCUGGGCAUGGGCGCCGCGGCCCUGGCGGCCAUGGGCGGCCUCCGGAGCCUGUCGGUGAGCCUCGCGGGGUGCAGCCGGCUGGCGUCCGUCGGCGCGCUGGCGAAGGGCCUGGCGGCGCUCCCGGGCCUGCAGGC